AUUGUUUCCUCGAUUAUUCCGACUCCAGCACUGGUAUAUGUGAUAAAUAAUCAUUGCGCAAUCGGAUCAAUUGUAAUCUUUUUCAAGGAAAAUUAUUACAUGUUUCGAAAAUGAACAGUUUCAUGUUCGAUGUGGACGCGAACGCUCGGCUUGCGGCAGAAUUGAAUAAUGAGCGAAGGCGUUAGUCCCUGGAAGACCAACCACCAUGAUAUCGGAAUGUUAAUGCUAAAAGACAGAAGGGAAAAGAUAACGAAUGCCGGCAAGUACUCCGAUCGUUACAAGGACAUUUUUUCGCAUGAAGUGCCCGACGAAGAGAAAUUUCCCUUAAGUGCUAAGUGUCGCGAUACAAUGGAACACUACCGUAAAGUGUCAAAAGGCGUGAGGCCGGACGACUCGCCUACCGCGGCUUCGAAACUGACAACGGAGAAAAUGAAGCUUACAGUAGGUAAGAAAAGUAGCAAUGCUACCAAUGACCUAAAUAAACAAGAAAAUGCUUUAAUAGGAUUCAAGCUCGUACCGGAAGGUACCCACAAGCCGAACCAACCCCCAUUGCCGCUCAGCUCUCCAAAUACCACCAAGUGGCAAAAGAGAAACGUCAACGUCUACAGCGUCAAUACAAAUGUUCCGCCUUCGAGUCCUAAUCAAAUUGGAGCACCGCCAGGAUUCCCCGCCAAGAAACCUCCACCUGUAGCUCUAAGCACAAUACUCAACGGUAACAACAAUAACAUAAUCACUAACAACAAUAAUCACUUCGAUAACACUUUAUCACAUCUCCAAAACGUCGAGAGUAUCAUUAGUAAAUUAGACGAACACGAGAAGAAGGAACAAAACUUGAAAAAAUUCGAAGAACUGGUCAAAAAAUUUGGCCCCAAACCUGCCGAAAAGGCAAAAAAGGCCGUGGCUCCUUUCGAACAGUCCCCUAACAAACAAACGAAACCCCUGGAAUCGUCGGAAGACCAACUUAAAUCUCAAGAGCACAUCCUCAAUCCGAUCAAACACGCUAGCGAAGUCGAGGAUUUGCCCGCAAGAGGACUCAAAGAAGAGGAAAACGAAAAGCAUCAGCACUUUAACAGAGGCGCCAAGGAACGGAAGAGUACGGAUACGAAUGAGAAGUCGAAACCUGUGCAACAGCCUUUGAGCAGGACGGCUUCUGAUGCUCAAAACAAAACUUUGACCAACGCGAAAAAGACGUCUAGAACCUCUAGGGAUCGUACCUCACGCAAAACCAAUGACAGCACAGUGGAGUCAACGCGCAGCAGUUCUGCGUCGAUGCGGAACAGGUCGCGAGUGGGAGAAGAACCGACCAUCGGCAAAUACAAACUACUCAAAACCAUCGGAAAAGGAAAUUUCGCCAAAGUCAAACUGGCCAAACACGUUCCCACGGGCAAGGAGGUGGCCAUUAAGAUCAUCGACAAAACUCAGUUGACACCUGGUUCACUCCAAAAACUAUUUAGAGAAGUAAGAAUAAUGAAAAUGUUAGACCAUCCGAAUAUAGUGAAACUCUUUCAAGUGAUCGAAACGGAGAAAACUUUGUACCUGGUUAUGGAAUACGCGUCCGGCGGAGAAGUCUUUGAUUACCUCGUUCUGCACGGUAGGAUGAAGGAAAAGGAAGCACGAGCGAAGUUUAGGCAAAUUGUCUCUGCAGUACAAUACUGCCAUCAAAAAAGAAUUAUACACAGAGAUUUAAAGGCUGAAAACUUACUGUUGGAUAGUGAAAUGAAUAUUAAAAUUGCCGAUUUCGGCUUCUCAAACGAAUUUACCCCAGGAAAUAAACUAGAUACUUUUUGCGGGAGUCCACCUUAUGCAGCUCCUGAACUUUUUCAAGGUAAAAAGUACGACGGUCCAGAAGUAGAUGUCUGGUCGUUAGGCGUAAUCCUCUAUACCCUCGUCUCGGGUAGUCUCCCCUUCGACGGUUCGACGCUCAGGGAGCUGAGAGAGCGAGUACUUAGAGGAAAAUACCGGAUCCCUUUCUACAUGAGUACCGACUGCGAAAAUCUACUAAAGAAGUUCCUCGUACUCAAUCCCGCCAAAAGAGCUAGCCUGGAAACCAUCAUGAAGGACAAGUGGAUGAACCAGGGGUACGAAAACGACGAACUGAAGCCGUACGUCGAACCCGAGCAAGAUAUGAGCGACCCCAAACGGAUAGAGGCUCUAGUUUGUUUAGGAUUUAACAGAUACGACGUGGAAAACUCAUUAGAUUCACAGAAAUACGACGACGCGUUCGCGACGUAUCUAUUGUUAGGAAGGAAAAGCACAGAUCCGGAAAGUGACGGUAGCCGGAGCGGCAGCAGUUUAUCCCUGCGUAACAUGACAGGGCAACAACAGGCCACGCCUCAACCCGCUAUACAGAGCCCUCAACACAGAGGCGUGCAUCGUUCAAUUUCGGCGACGCACGCUAAACCUAAUAGGAGAGCAUCUAGUGGAGGUGGAACCAUAGGUGAAACUCUAAGGACAGAAGCCCAACCACAAGUACCUGCCUCGCGAAUUAACAACCAACAAUCUUCUAAUUUCAAACGGCAAAAUACCGUCGAUAGUGCUACGAUCAAAGAAAAUAGUGCCAGGCUAAACGUCAGACCUGCCAGUGCUCAACCCAAGACGACUACGGAGAAUAGAACUACCGUGGGUCGAAGGUCUACCAUUAGCUAUGACGGCAAAUCAGAUAGUACAGAGAAAACUAAUUUGACCACAGAAACACCAGGCCGCACAAGCGCUUCGCCAGCAGCCACCAGGCAACAGGCCUUUCCCAGAAACACUUCCUCGAGGAGCACCUUCCACUCGGGUCAGACUAGGCCAAGGGCGACGUACGCCCAGGGCGCUCCAGGAGACUCUCCACACACGAGACCUUCGUUUUUUUCUAAAUUCAGCCUGAAGGGCUUCACAAAAAGUGACAGAAGUCAUCUUGAAUCUAACCAAACCGGUCAUCAAAACAGAGCUUUAGCAUUAGAACCAGGUCAACAAGUUAAACAUGGCAACUCACCUUUACCUGCAGUGGGAGUUCAGGGAACCCCAAACGAAGACCACGUGAAGCCCCGCUCUCUGAGGUUCACAUGGUCGAUGAAGACAACCUCGAGCAGAGACCCCGCCGAAAUAAUGGCCGAGAUUCGCAAAGUGUUGGACGCCAAUAAUUGCGAUUAUGAACAACGCGAACGGUUCCUGUUGCUCUGCGUGCACGGGGAUCCGAAUACCGACAGUUUGGUGCAAUGGGAAAUAGAAGUAUGCAAGCUUCCGCGUUUGUCUUUGAAUGGAGUGAGGUUUAAGAGAAUUUCGGUGACUCAAAAAUGUGAAAAUCGUAAGGCAAUAAAUCGGGACUAUAGUGGGUGCUCUAAUAUUCUCUAUUACCUUCAUUGUAGAUUUUCUGUCACUACUUUGGUAACUUGA